AUGGCCGCUUCGGGAGUAGGGUCGUAUUCGAACCCUCUAAAAAAGUUCAAACUGGUUUUCCUAGGGGAGCAGAGUGUUGGGAAGACAUCUUUGAUUACACGGUUCAUGUAUGACUCGUUCGAUAACACGUACCAGGCCACAAUCGGAAUCGACUUCCUUUCUAAGACCAUGUAUCUUGAAGACAGAACGGUCCGACUCCAACUUUGGGAUACAGCUGGCCAGGAGCGAUUCCGAUCUCUCAUUCCAUCCUAUAUUCGAGACUCGAGUGUUGCCGUAGUGGUCUAUGAUAUUUCAAACGCCAAGUCAUUUCAGAACACCCGGAAAUGGAUCGAUGAUGUGCGAGGAGAACGUGGCAACGAUGUGAUCAUUGUUCUAGUUGGCAACAAAACCGAUCUGAAUGAUAAGCGCGAAGUUACGACAGCACAAGGCGAAGAAGAAGCGAAGAAAAACGGGCUGAUGUUCAUCGAGACUAGCGCCAAAGUUGGCCAUAAUGUCAAGCAACUGUUCAGAAGGAUAGCGCAGGCGCUGCCUGGGAUGGAGGGUGACGCUAACCGGGGAGAUAAUACAAUGAUUGAUGUUGACCAUAUAACUCCCAAGGAAACGACGACCAACGACGGAUGUGCCUGUUGA